UAGGUUGCAAAAUUAUUUGGGCCUCAGAGCUCUAUGUACUCUUGUCAGAUCAUCUUUGGAAAAGAACAAAUCUGUUUAAUCUUCAGGUUAAAUUUAAACCAUGUGAAAUUGCCAAAUGCCGAUGAUACCCUGUAAAAGCAAAAAGAAAACAGUGCAUAGGUUCAGCCUAAUAUAAACGUUCCUUAUAUUGUUGCAUAAACUGAGCUAGGACGUUGGGGAAAAGGUAGAUGCGAGAUUUCCAGAGCAUCGGGAGGAGGGCCGCGGAGGAGAGGGCGUGGUGGAAGGAGGUCCUGGCGCUAGAGGAAACCAGGGACGCCGGCUCCACUCUCCGCCUCAAUUCUGGCCGACGCAAGCUUGGCCACACCCCCCUUUGCAACCGCCGUAAAGUGUGGUGUCGUGGCCCCGCCCAUUUCGGCGCCUGUUGUGGCGCCGGCGCCCUGGGCUUUUUGCGCGGGAAAAGGGUGUCGCCCACGUCUGCUCAGCGUCACUGGAGUCAGGCUUAUUUCGCUGAGGUCGCCGCCGGCUCCACGCCGCUGCCGGCCAUGGGGCUUCUGGAGCUGUGCGAGGAAGUGUUCGGCACCGCCGACCUUUACCAAGUGUUGGGCGUGCGGCGCGAGGCCUCAGACGGCGAGGUCCGACGCGGCUAUCACAAGGUGUCCCUCCAGGUGCACCCGGACCGGGUGGGCGAGGGCGACAAGGAGGACGCCACCCGCCGCUUCCAGAUCCUUGGGAAGGUCUAUUCCGUUCUGAGUGACAAAGAUCAGAGAGCAGUGUACGAUGAGCAGGGAACAGUGGACGAGGAUUCUGAUGUGCUCAGCCAAGAUCGGGACUGGGAGGCCUAUUGGAGAUUACUGUUUAAAAAGAUAUCUCUAGAAGACAUUCAAGCUUUUGAGAAGACAUACAAAGGUUCAGAAGAAGAGCUGGCUGAUAUUAAACAGGCCUAUCUGGACUUCAAGGGUGACAUGGAUCAGAUCAUGGAGUCUGUGCUGUGUGUGCAGUACACAGAGGAACCCAGGAUAAGGAACAUUAUUCAACAAGCCAUUGAUGCCAGAGAGGUCCCGUCCUAUAAUGCCUUUGUCAAAGAAGCAAAGCAAAAGAUGAAUGCAAGGAAAAGGAGGGCUCAGGAAGAGGCUAAAGAAGCAGAAAUGAGCAGGAAGGAGUUGGGGCUUGAUGAAGGAGUGGAUAACUUGAAAGCACUCAUUCAGAGCAGACAAAAGGAUCGGCAAAAGGAAAUGGACAAUUUUCUGGCUCAGAUGGAAGCAAAGUACUGCAAACCUUCCAAACGAGGGGGGAAAAAAACAACUCUCAAGAAAGAAAAGAAAUAAUGGAAUUUUCUCUUCAAAACUCCUUAGGUGUUAAUUGAUGCCAUUGUAGGCAAGGUGCCGUCAAGAUUUGAAGACAAAAGUUAACCCUUGAGAAAAGUUAUCUUUCAAGCCUAAAUGAUUCAGAUCAACUACAUAAACCAAACAGAAUCUCUCAACCUGAUGUUAGUAUAUCCUGGAAACACCAUGACAUUCUGUGAGGUCCUCCUAUGAAGGAAUUUGGUGGUGAUCAUUGAGGGAGCGGAAGGGUAUAUGCUUCCUGACAGCACUCUUCUAUGGGUCUUCUGUACAAGGAACUGUACCUAUAAUGCAGAUCUAUCCCUACCACAUUUAGCAGUUGUCAUUUUGCCACACAGGAGUGAGCUGCAGGGUAUUUAGUGGUGUGUGUUUAUUAGAACAGGUACUUUACCUAGCCUUCAACACACUUGCUGGACAUCUGUCUUCCAAAUACUUGCCAAUUUACUUUCAGUCUUUUUUUUUUUU